AUAUUUUAGAUAAUGAAACCAAAAUAUAAUGGAUACUUUAGUAAAACCUCGUAAGGUACCGCCCCAAAACAUUAUAAUACGAUUAUUUCAACGUGAAAUACACGGCUACCGAAAACCGGGGACACACUUCCAUGUAGCGAGGCAAUUCUAUCAAAAUGUCUUUCCAAACUUUACUGUGAUAAAUGUAGAAAAACCGCCUUGUUUUUUAAGAAAGUUUAGUCCGGAUGGUAAACAUUUUAUAGCAUUUUCUUCCGAUCAAACUUCGUUGGAGGUUUACACGUACCGGGGUCCCGCGGCGGCCGGUGACUUACUACAGCAGGUACGAGUGAACCAUGCCGAUAAGCAAAGUUUCGAAGUGAAAAGUAAAAUUUUCGAUCGGUUUUUUAAGCUCAAGUUCAUCGUGAAUGUCGCGCAAAGUGCCGAACAGUUGAAUCGUGAGUGCAGCUUAUUCAGUGACGAUGGGAAAUAUGUGAUUAUUGGAUCGGCGACUUACAUUCCUGAUGAUCUACGGCCGCAUUUUUAUGAAAUUUACACCAGUAACGAAUCUGUAGUGCCGAAUCCACGAUCGCCACUAGAAGACUACACGUUGCAUCUCGUCGAUUUAGAGUUAGGAAAAUUAUGUGAUACUCGACAAUUUAAAGUUGACAAAAUCUUUUUGUCACACAACCAAGGCCUUUACUUGUACAAAGACACCUUAGCCGUUCUAUCCGUUCAACAUCAAGUGAUUCACCUUUACCAAAUUCUGGACGGCAUGUUCGUAGACGUCAGAAAAAUAGGUAGAUUUUGUUUCGAGGACGAUUACUAUUUUUUCAAUUCGGUCUUCCCGUCCGAACGAGCGUUUAAGGAGCCGUUUAUUAACUCCCUGAAGCACAGACUGCUCACGUUUUUAUACAAGCGCGCAGCUCAUCUAAGUAAUGUUAACGGUAGCGCGUUCGAGUUACGUAGAUUUUACCAGUACUUCGGUAAUUUUGAAGCCUUACGACUUUGGAAGAUGCAGUUACUCGACGAAAAUCAUUUGUUAAUCAAAUACGCCAGCGAAGAUGUCGUCACUUUGAAGUCGACUGACGCUAACAGCCAAUAUUCGUUUUUCGUCGUGUAUAAUAUAAACGAAAGUAAAGUGUUGGCGAUAUACGAAAAUACUUCCAAGGAACUUUUGGAUUUAUUUGAAAACUUUUGCGAUUUAUUUAGAAAUGCCAGCGUUUAUAUGGAGACACAGUUUUCUUGUAGUCCAUCAAAUAAUUUAUAUGCCAGGCUAAUACAGCACCGUUUCAAGCAGACGAUUGUAAGUGCCAAGUUUGGCGGAAAGACUGAAGCGACCAAGAGACUACUGGCACAAUUACCAAUUAGUGCGCAGUCUUACAGCUGCUCUCCCUAUUUAGAUUUAUCAUUAUUUAGCUACGAUGAUAAAUGGGUGUCGGUGAUGGAAAGACCCAAGACUUGUGGAGAGCAUCCUAUUCGAUUUUAUGCCAGAGAUUCGGGCUUUUUAAAGUUUCGCAUCUACGCUGGAAGUACUUCAAGACCUGUAACUCCGCCUGCUAGGCGUCUCGUUGCCUUUACCUUUCACCCCACCGACCCAUUUGCGAUAUCCGUGCAAAGGACAAAUGCUGAGUACAUAGUUAAUUUCCAUAUUAGGCACGAUAAUACUUCAAAUGAAGAUGAAAUGGCGGAAAACGAUUUGGGAUUGUCCGGUCAUUUACAGAGGUGGUCAAAUUAUUUGUAACUGUUUUUAAUUUAUUUGCUAUUAUUGUUACAAUUAAGACUAAUUAUAAUUUUUAACUGACA